GUGUGUGUGUGGGUGGGGAGGGGUAAAACUUUACUUCAGUCCUCCCUUCCCUCCUUCCCAUCUCACCCCCUUCAGUGUUGGGUCCACAAAGUGGCCAGCAGCUCGUGGCAGCGACCAACAGCUGUGAUAGGUGUGUGCGUGGUUGUCUCACCGCGUGGUUGCGGGGGUCAGGUGAAAGGUCCACUCCUGGGUGGCAGGGAGGUGGGCGACACUCCAGUCGUGGAGGUUGGGUGGAGGUAGAGAGAGAGCGGGGUGGUUUGAGGGACUCCCGGACCCCAUCCCCUACUCCCCCCAACGUGCUUCCGACAGCAGCAGCCGAGCGAGAGAGUGAGUGAGAGAGGGAGGAGAGACCGGGCGGCGCUUGUUUUAACUGUGCUGCUGAACUCGCAGUGUCGCCAGUCGCGGUGUCGUCCUCUUGUCGAAGCGACGUCGACGAUCGAGGUUGCGAGCGGGAACGUCAGAUUUAGCCGAGCGCCCCCAACGAGCGCCCACUGCCCCCGAACGUCAGCUUUUCACUCCGCAGCGCCACCGCCGCCGCUCGGAGCGUCAGAAGCCCGCGAUUGCCCCCGGAGAGACAAGACUCCGAGGGACGAGGAGAGAGAAACUUGCCUGGUGUUUACACUCUUACUGUCUCUCCUCAGGGGGGUGUAGCUGCUCACUGCACGACAAACACAAAGUGAUACCAAGAAAUGCCUGCUCCCUGGUCUCCAUGCGUGAAAGUGAACAGUUUGUGACGACGAAUCAGACGACGACUGACACUGCUUCGAGGAAAAUCUUUCCAUGGAGUCGUCGAAGAAGAAAGCAUGAGGAGAUAGAAGUUCGAGUUCUCAAAAACACGAUAUCUGAAAGUUGUCGAAUGAACGAGUCAAAAACCGGGAUACAAACGGAAGCUGUUGUUUACUCGUUCUGGAAGUCCAGUUGCAAAAUUUAAUGUUGUGACUUUUGGAUAACAAAGCAAAGGGGAAAAAAAGAAGGAAGGAAAGAAAGAAAUGGACAAACAGUUCAUCGGCAACCAUAGCCGACUACUUUUUCAAGAGGACAGCUGAACCUUGUCUGCCGGAGUCCUACUUGCCAAAGCACGAAUCCACAGGUCAUUGCGAGACCAGACUAAGCUGAUCGCCGGAACACAGGCCACUGACCAUGAACGUCCACUACCUCCGCAACGGAUGCACUGUGACGUCAUGCAGGGUUUACCAGGAAUGAUACUGAUGCUUGUGGUCAGCCUGCUGGCCGUUUUGCCGGAAGUGAGAACCAUGGAAAACGAUAUUCUUCGACUAAAUAUCCCGAAAGAACCACACCUCGACCCGAACACAGUGUGCAAAACCUACCCGGAGCUUACAGCUAACCAAUACAACUUGUGCCGGAAGUACCCGGAUGUGACAGCAUCAGCAAUUCAAGGUGUGCAGAUUGCUAUUCACGAAUGCCAGUUUCAGUUGAGGACUCACCGAUGGAACUGUUCCUCUCUAGAAACCAAGAACAAGAAUCCACAUUCCAGUCCACUUCUUGCUAAAGGUUACAAGGAGACAGCCUUCGCCUACGCCAUAUCCGCCGCCGGGGUCACCCACCAGGUGUCGACAGCGUGCAGCAUGGGCAAGCUCAAGUCGUGUGGCUGUGACAUGAGUGUGCUGCACGGCCACAAUGUCGCAGGUCCCACCCCAGUGGGCAAGACCUUCGAGUGGGGCGGCUGCAGCCACAACGUGGACUUCGGCGAGCGCUACGCCAAGAAGUUCCUGGACUCCAAGGAGCAGGCCCGCGACCUCCACAGUCAGAUCAACCUCCACAACAACCGAGCAGGGCGUCUGGCCGUCAUCCGCAACGUGCGCAAGCAGUGCAAGUGUCACGGCAUGUCGGGGUCGUGCGAGCUGCAGACCUGCUGGAAGGCCACACCCGAGUUCCGCAAGGUGGGCAAACUGCUGAAGAAGAAGUUCGAGGACGCCACAAAGGUACAGGUCGACUUGACCAACGAGGCUGAUGGCCGAAUAUUCAAGAAGAACGGCAAGCGGCCGAGGAAAACGGACCUUUUGUUUUUCGAGAAGUCACCGAAUUUCUGUGACCCCAACCCUCUGGUGGACUCUCCUGGCACCACGGGGCGUCUGUGCAACAAGACGAGUACAGGUGUGGACAAUUGCGAGACUCUUUGCUGCGGACGGGGCUACAACACCCUGAAGGUGAUGCGGUCAGAGAGGUGCCACUGUAAAUUCUACUGGUGCUGCUACGUGGAGUGCAAGGUGUGCACCUACAACGAGUGGGUCACGGUGUGCAAGUAAUCGCCAUUGGCUCCUUCCCAUAUACAUU